GUUGAUGAACAACGCCUUCGAGGAGUUGCUGGCGUUCCAGCGGGCUCUGAAGGACCUGGUGGCCUCGGUGGACGGCACCUACGCCAAGCAGCAUGAGGAGUUCUUCGUGGGCUUGGAGGGCAGCUUCGGCUCCAAGCACGUCUCCCCCCGGACCCUGACCUCCAGGCUGCUGGGCAGCAUGGUGUGUGUGGAGGGCAUCGUCACGAAAUGUUCUCUUGUGCGUCCCAAAGUUGUGCGCAGUGUCCACUACUGUCCAGCCACAAAGAAGACGAUGGAGAGAAAAUACACAGACCUGACCUCGCUUGAUGCCUUCCCCUCCAGCGCCAUUUACCCCACUAAGGACGAGGAGAACAACCCUCUAGAGACAGAAUUUGGCCUGUCCAUCUACAAGGACCAUCAGACCAUCACGGUGCAGGAGAUGCCAGAGAAAGCCCCCGCUGGCCAGCUGCCUCGCUCUGUGGACAUCAUCCUGGACAACGACCUGGUGGACGUGGUCAAACCUGGAGACAGAGUGCAGGUCAUUGGGACGUACCGCUGCCUGCCCGGGAAGAAGGGAGGGUUCACGUCCGGCACAUUCAGGACCAUCAUGAUCGCGAGCCACGUCAAACAGAUGAGCAAGGAAGUGUCGCCCAUAUUCUCCGCCAGCGAUGUGGCCAAAAUCCGAAAUUUCUGUCAGACUCGCUCCAUCAAUGUGUUUGACCAGCUGGCUCGCUCGCUGGCUCCCAGCAUCCACGGGCACGACUACAUCAAGAAGGCYAUCCUCUGCAUGCUGCUGGGCGGCGUGGAGAAGGUGCUGGAGAACGGCACACGCAUCCGAGGAGACAUCAAUAUCCUGCUCAUAGGUGAUCCAUCGGUGGCCAAAUCCCAGCUGCUGCGUUACGUGCUGCACACGGCACCCAGGGCCAUCCCCACCACAGGGCGGGGCUCCUCAGGUGUUGGUCUGACUGCUGCCGUCACCACCGAUCAAGAGACCGGUGAGCGUCGUCUGGAGGCAGGCGCCAUGGUGCUGGCUGACCGUGGCGUGGUGUGCAUCGACGAGUUCGACAAGAUGUCCGACAUGGACCGCACGGCCAUCCACGAGGUGAUGGAGCAGGGCCGGGUCACCAUCGCCAAGGCCGGGAUCCACGCCAGGCUGAACGCCCGCUGCUCCGUGCUGGCUGCAGCCAACCCCGUCUACGGCAGGUACAAUCAGUAUAAAACCCCCAUGGAGAACAUCGGCCUGCAGGACUCCCUCCUGUCCCGUUUCGACCUCCUCUUCAUCAUGCUGGAUCAAAUGGACCCCGAGCAGGACCGUGAAAUCUCAGACCACGUCCUGAGGAUGCAUCGCUACCGCGACCCACGGGAGCAGGAAGGAGCAGCCAUGGCUUUGGGUGGGACAGUGGACGUUCUGGCCACCGACGACCCCGACGCACUUGGGGAGGAGCACGAGGAGCUGCAGAUUUACGAGAAACACAACAACCUGCUGCACGGAAGCAGGAAGAAGAAGGACAAGAUUGUGAGUAAGGAGUUCAUGAGGAAGUACAUCCACAUCGCCAAAGCAAUCACCCCGGUGCUGACUGAGGAGGCAGCCAAUCACAUCGCAGAGGAGUACUCCAGGCUGAGGAGCCAGGAGCAGCUGGGAGCUGAUCUUGCCAGGACCUCUCCGGUGACGGCCCGGACUCUGGAGACCCUGAUCCGUCUGUCCACGGCGCACGCCAAGGCCCGCAUGAGCAAAGCUGUGGAGCUGGAGGACACGGAGGUGGCCGUGGAGCUCGUCCAGUUUGCCUACUUUAAAAAGGUUCUUGAGAAGGAGAAAAAGCGCUCGAGGCAGGAUCGAGACUCUGGUUCGGAGGAAGAAGACGAGGAGAUGGCGCCCACGCAGCCUUCACAGAGAACUCGGAAAAGGGGGCGGCGUGGCUCGCAGAGCAGUGAGCCCUACAGCCCAUAUGACUUCACAGACGAACAGGAUGUGCCUGAGAUUCAGGCCGGCACCCCGAAACCAGCCAAACCACAGCAGCAGGAGGAGGAGCCUAUGGAAGCCACAUCAUUGGCUGAAGAUGUUGAGCUGUCUGCUGAGAGACUGAAAGAGUUCAAGUCGUCGCUGUUCGCCGUCUUCCAGUCUGCUCACGCUCAGUCGGUGARGAUGACGAAGCUGAUGGGCGACAUCAACAAGGGGCGCGAGAGUGUGUUCACGGAGCCGGAGGUGCGCGCCGCCUUGGCUCGCAUGCAGGACGAUAACCAGGUCAUGGUGGCUGAUGACAUCAUCUUCCUCAUCUGAGGGAGGAAGGGGAAGAUUGACUGUUUAACAAAUAAAAAACCAACCUCAGAAAGAAGUAGAGAAUUAUAUCAAAGUAAAAGACAAAUUUAACUUUUUUUAUUUUACUUUACCCAAAAAGUUUUACAUUUCUGCAGCUCUUUGUUCACUAACGAUGCUUUCUGUUCUUUUGAUUGAUUUAUGAUGGAAGUUUAUGCCACAAAAACAACAAUUUUGUAUUUCCUACCUUUUUUUUUGUCAUGAAUUUGUUGUAAAUAGUUAAGUUUUGCAAUUAUUAGAUGUYGCUGGUUAAUAAUAAAUAAAACACGUAAGUAUAAAUGUCA